AUGAAUCUCCGCCUGUUGACCCUUGCUCUCGCUGCCGUCGCAGCGGCAACCCCAGUUGACAUUCAGGAGCGUCAACUCUCUGGCGGAAACGAGCUGCGAGUUGGUCCUUGCAAGCCGAUCACCUUCAUCUUUGCUCGUGCUUCCACGGAGCCUGGGCUUAUGGGCAUCUCAACGGGUCCCGCAGUGUGCAGUGGCUUGAAGAAGGCCAAAGCGGGCCAGGUGGCGUGCCAGGGCGUUGGUCCCAAUUACACGGCGGAUCUCAUGUCAAACGCCCUGCCAGAGAACACUUCACCGGCUGCCAUUCAAGAGGCGCAAGACCUGUUCCAGCAGGCCGUCACCAAGUGUCCUGACACUCAAAUUGUUGCUGGUGGAUACAGCCAAGGUACGGCCGUGAUGGAUGACUCCAUCAAGCGUCUGCCGGAUAACGUUAAAGAGAAGAUCAAGGGUGUCGUCCUCUUCGGCUACACCCGCAACGCCCAGGAGCACGGUCAGAUCGCCAACUUCCCCAAGGACAAGGUCAAGAUCUACUGUGCCAUGGGCGAUAUGGUCUGCGAUGGCACGUUGAUUGUGGAACCGGCGCAUUUCACUUACGUGGCUAACACCGGUGAGGCGACUCAGUUCUUGCUGGGCAAGCUGAGCGCUUCUCCUUCGUUUUCUUUAUCCUCGUCUUCAGGCACUUCUUCUGUCUCGACUUCUGGUGCUGCUGGCUCCGGUUCCUCCUCUUCCUAUUCCUUGUCACCUUUUGGAAAUCUUGGUAACCUUGGUUCUCUCUUCGGUGGCAAAUAG